AAAUAAACCUCUAUUUUCUCCGCGUCCGGAUCGGGAUCCAAACUUCGAUCCUAAUUCCCAAACCCAUAAACCCAAACUCAAAUCCAUUCUCUCUCCUCUGAUCCUCUCCCCGGCGGCCACUCUCUCCCGUCUGACGUGUCCACCUUCUCCAUAAUCUUAUCAUCUCCCAUUUUCUCUCUCCUCCCAUCUCUUUCAUGGCUUCCACUCUCACUCUCUCUCUUCCCUAAUCUCCCCCAUUUUCUCUCUCUCCCCUUCUUCCAUGGCUUCCAACUCUUCCGAAAAUGGCUCCCACCCCAAAAAACCCAAGCUCAAUCAUCAACAAAUCAACGAACAAACCCUAAUUUCCCCCUCCGAAAUCGCCGCCGAAUUCUCCCACCAUGACCCCACCAUUGCUCGCAUCAACAAUGGCAGUUUUGGGUGUUGCCCUUCCGCCGUCAUCGCCGCCCAACGCCGCUGGCAGCUCCUCUUCCUCCGACAACCCGAUUUGUUCUACUUCUCUCUCCUUCGACCUGGGAUCGAUUCUUCUCGUCGUCUUCUUCUUCCAUUAAUCAACGCUUCUCGUCUCGAUGAAAUCUCCCUCGUUGAUAACGCCACCACUGCUACCGCCGUUGUUCUUCAGUACGUCUCGCGCGCUUUCUCUGAACGACGGUUUUCUCCCGGUGAUGCUGCUGUUAUGCUUCAUUAUGCUUAUGGGUCAGUGAAGAAAUCCGUGCAUGCGUAUGUCACACGCGCCGGUGGGCAUGUCAUUGAGGUACCUCUUCCUUUUCCGGUUUUCGAUAGCGGUGAGAUUGUUAGGGAGUUUAGGAAUGCGUUGAAUUUGGCUAAGUUGGAGAAUCGUAGGGUUAGAUUGGCUGUUAUUGAUCAUAUUACUUCUAUGCCUUGUGUUGUUUUGCCUGUUAAAGAAUUAGUAAAGAUUUGUAGGGAAGAAAGUGUUGAUCAGGUUUUUGUUGAUGGGGCUCAUGCAAUUGGGUGUUUAAAGAUUGAUAUGGAAGAAAUUGGGGCUGAUUUUUAUACUAGUAAUUUGCAUAAAUGGUUCUUUUGCCCGCCUUCCGUUGCGUUUUUGUAUUGCAGGAAGAAGGAGAGGAAGGAACAGGAAGAAGGGGUGGAGUAUGAUGAUGUGCAUCAUCCUGUUGUUUCGCACGAGUAUGGGAACGGGUUGCCCGUGGAGAGUGCGUGGAUUGGGACCCGGGAUUAUAGCUCCCAGCUUGUUGUGCCGGAGGUUUUGGAGUUUGUUAGUCGGUUUGAGGGUGGGAUUGAAGGGAUUAUGAAGAGGAAUCAUGAUAAGGUUAUUGAGAUAGGGGAGAUGUUGGCGAAAGCUUGGGGGACUCAGUUGGGGUGCUCCCCUGAAAUGUGCGCGAGUAUGGUUAUGGUGGGGUUGCCUACUUGUUUGGGGAUUCAGAGUGAUGACAAUGUUAUGAAGUUGAGGACUCAUUUUAGGGAGAAGUUUGGCGUUGAGGUUCCGAUUUAUUUUAGGCCACCUAAGGAUGGUGAGAUUGGAUGUGUGACUGGGUAUGCUCGGAUUUCUCAUCAAAUUUAUAAUACAGUUGAUGAUUACUAUAAGUUCAGGGAUGCGGUCAAUCAACUGGUGCAAGAUGGAUUUACUUGCGCUGAACUCUAUGGCUAGACAAGGUGAGUGGUGAAUAUACAUAAGCUUUCUUGAGUAAUUUGUAUUUUCCCCAUGCGAAAAUUUUCAUUCUGCUCUCUAAUCAGGACAAGGCUCGAGGUACUGAACUAGCGAUGAAUCCAAUUGUAUAGCGCUUUCAAGAGACAGAUUAGUUAGCCCUGUUGAAGCCUUGAAUGGUGCUCCUUGGCCCUGUUGAAGCGUGUAAUGGUGCUCCUUGGCCCUUGGAUGCUGGGAUGGCCUGAGUGACUCAUGUGGAGCUUGUGCUGAGUUGUGUAAAUUAGCUGCUUUUUAGGACAUUUUAUUUGCAUUUUUUUGUCUACUAGUUUAUUCUAGAGUAGACCAGUUCCUUAGGUCUGGCUUAAUAAUAAAUUAAUUUUCAGGUUAACUGUUGUAAGAAUUUUGCAUUUGUUACAAAUUUCAGCUAAUGUUAGUGAAGAAAUAACGAUCAGCCUCUUUUUAGUUA